AUGGAAGUAAGGUUGGAUUGGAUGCCAAGAAUUCAUCCCAACUGGACAGGAGACUUCGACGACGACCAUGACGUGGCGGUCAUCGUCCUGCCAGAAGAAUUUCAUGGCGUCUACUCUUCCGAGGCCUUUCCCAACGGCAUACCAGUGCCUCGCCUCGCCGAUCCCAUCCUUGACAUCUACCCCAAUGUGGGCGUCAUUGUGCUGUGGGUGACCGAAACUGGCCUCAGGGCGGCCAAAUUUGUGGUCGUGGACAGAAAGUACUGCUCCGAGCCAUCCUCUGAGUCAAAGGAUCGAGACGUGGGCGGAAAUUUGCUCUGCAUCCAAUCAGACAGCGCCGACGUGUUUGAAGGCCUUUCUGGGGGUCCUGUCCUCAUUUAUGGUGACAGAACCGUGUCUGGCGCCACGGAGAGAUUGGCAAAUCUGGAUUUGGCGGUGGGCGUUGUGUCGUUCCAUGACCAAAAGUGGGCCAAGGGGCGCAUGGCGGUCAGCUUUGUUGGGGCUUCCCGUCUGUGGAUCAAGGAAGUCGAGCGAGAAGUUCGCCUG